GUACGACCGUGUGCAGUUAGGUGGGAAGGGCGCAAGGGGCAAGCCGGAAGGCACCCCGCCGUGGCAGGAUGUGUCAGCUGGAGGCCAGGAGGCCCUGUCCCAAACUCAGGCGGUACAGCGAGCCCUCACCAUUGCAAGGAAAGCCGAUGCGAAAAUCCGCAGGCUCCGUUCCGAAGUGGACGUCCGGAAACAGCAAUGGGAGAAGUUCAUCGUCGAGCAGAAGCAGAACUUUGUCCGCCAGAAGCGACAGUUUGGGGACGACAUCUCGAAGUUGGAGCACGAGAUCCAACAAGCAACGGCAGCUGGACACGAGGCUGCCGAGAGGAUGAAAGCCAUCGUACUACAGGGCGUGGAAGCCGUACGUCAGCAGGAGGUGGCGAUGGAGACAGAGGACGACGAGUGGGACCGCCUCAUGCAGGAGGAGGAGGCGUCUACGGUUCCCUCUGGCUUCCUGCAAGAAGCUUAUUCCGCAGCGCAGCGACUUCAGUCGGGACCUCCCGCGACUGCAGUUGUGGCAACCGAUGCUGGCGGCGGCCGUGGGCUGCCUAUGACCGGCGGCAGCGGAAUGCCACCCUACAAUCAUGCUUCGCCCCUCGGUGCAUCUACAGAUCCGUACUUGGCCAGUCCGACUUUCGGCCCUGGCGGCCCAAUCAAUGUGGCCUUGCACCGCACGGGACCGAACGAGGCGGUGGCGAUGAGUGGCGCGACACCGAGGCCGCCAUCGACUCCCGUGGUUACACCACAACGGGGAACGACAGCUAUGCCGAUGACUCCGCCGCCAGCUCGACCUCCUGGACUUCCUGCAGAUGGAGGUACUAUCUCCGCUGCCUUGGGGGCGGCACCGGAUCCGAACGUGGGCGCAUUACCAAACGCUGCUACAGAGUCUGCUGGAACGGGAUUGGCAGACAAGUUGGCGGCAAAGAGGGAAGAAAGGUGCUCCGCCCUACAUCCGUUCAAGGUCUGCCCGAGCGAUUCGGGCAUGACGAGUCGCCCUACACCGGAAGACCCUGGGCCACCACAGGCCGCCAGGCCGCACCUCAUCGAGGACGAUGGGGACGAUUCUCUUCGCAUGGCUUCGCCAGGACUGACCCACAUGGAGUAG